AGACAUCAAACAAACAUUUUAGAGAGAGAGCGAGCUCGAAAUUUUAGAGAGAGAGGAGCUAAAAAAUCAAGCGAUUACAGCGUACAGGGAGAAAUGGAGACAAAUGCUUUCUUGUCCUAGGUAAACGAACAAUGGUGGCCAUCCUUAUCAGAAAGCGAAAGGCGAAAGAAUGCCCAUCUUCGAAACCCUUGCCCUUUUACAGCCGCACCAUUUUUGUAGCGGAGAUGUUUCAGAAGAGAAUAAAGGCUCGAUUCCCUUACUGGAAUCUGCUUUCUCUCAGUUCAAAGCAGGAGCUCGUACAAGCUUUACGAGAAAGAGAAAAAAAGCCCUAAUUUACUGGACUUAAAGCGCUUGAUGCUCUUCUUAAAUCCAGACCUAAUGAUACCUCUGUUGAAACCAUAGAAGAAGGCCGUUUCUUAAUUGCACAAUCCUCAGUAAACCAGAUAUUCCACUUUUUUUUCUGGUUCCUGAAUCAUUAGUUUUACUUGAAAACCAAGAUCUAAUGAUGUUUCCAUUGAGACCAGAGAAAAGAUCGUUAAUAUUAGCCCACUGCAGAGCGAUCAGUUCCAUCAUCAACAACAGGGAGAAAACCCUAUUUUUUAUGGACCCCAUAGGUAUCUUCAAACGCAAACUCCACUGAAGCCCUUACUUUUGUGGACCUUAAACCAGAGUGUAUCUCCUAUAGUCAAGCUUCAAUGAUAUUUUUCCACAGAAGACAGAAAAAACCACGGGUUUUACUUUUUUUUGAAGCCAUGUCCGGGUAAAAGUCUCCAUCUAUUGUCGCUUAGCGCCAUGGAAGUUACAGAGCAUUCUGCCACGUUUCUUUUACCCACUGGACCAUUACCAUGACCUAAAUCCGUGACCAUAAGUGACAAGCCACAUCCGUCAUUCUAAUUCGUCCCUUGCUCAGCUGUACCUGUAAAUUUCAGAAUGUGAGUUACAGGAAGAGGCUCGUAGAGCGAGAAACAGUUGGUGUCAUGGCGUCACUUUGUGUGAUAGGGAAUACAAUCUCUGCAAAUUAAUAUACCAACCAUGGACUAUGAGGUAUUUAGCCUGAUCCUUGACUGAAAGCAUAAAAGAUUCCCACAGGAUAAAAUUUUUAGGGUUUUGAAGAGAUUAAAGUUUGCUACAGUGAAUUUUGGAUCUGAUAGCUAUUUCCUUUGUAUUUUGGAAUGUUAAAGGAUUUAGUGGAGGUUUAGUGAUUUUAGAUUAUGUAAUGGAGGUGGUAAAAAAUUUACCAGAGUUUCAUUGAGAAGUAGUAUGAAAUGGUAAAAGGUAUUGAUGUCUGUUGAGGCUAGUUUUGGAGGUGGUGAAAUAUUUAAAGAAAGUUCCUCAGAAAAAAGGAAGAUUUCUAGAUGAAACCACCUGAUUUGAGUGUGUUUCAAGGGACUUGUUAGAGGAUUCACUGGAAUGUACUGGCCUUCAAUAAGGUUUUAGUGGAGUCUUCAUUGAUUUUCACUACUGAAGAUAGCAAAAAUUGGAUAAGUUAGCUGUCUCUGAUAAAUUUUGAUUUCCAUGAAGUGUAAAAAGCCGAAGAAAUGAGGACCUUCAAUUAGUUUUCAGACUAGGAAAAAGAUAAAAGUACCAGUGAGCUAACAUCUUUUGAUAUUAAUCAAGCCAUAGGAUUUCUUUUGUAUUUAUUCAGCUUGAAGAACUGCUAAAUUUAGGGAAGAUUGGAGCUGGUGUUCCAUCUCAUUUAUCAAGAGUUGUGGUUGUUAGUUGAUAAGGGGGAUUUCUGGCUUUUAUAAGGUUUGUAGUAUACCUACUUCUUCAUUUUCAUGGAUUCAAGGUUCUGGAUCUUGGCCAGCUGAAAGGAAGGUAUCUUUAAUGUGCAAUAAACUUUUCUGAAGUGCAAAAAAUAGCUUGUCUACAAGUGAAUCUAUCUUCCUGGUCUUUGCUUUUGGGAGCUGAAGCUUAUUAAACCCUCUUCUGAGCUUUUAGAUCCCUUAAACCAGUUUCUAAACAUGGUGAAAGGUGAAAAUCUUCCUUUUCUUCUUCUAUGGGUUGCAUUAAUCCCAGUAAUUAUCUUGAUUUUUCUUCCUUGUACCCUACAGUUACAGUCCUCUCAGGCCCAAGCCCUUCUAAGAGUUCAAAGACUUUUAGGAUUUCCUGCUGUUCUAAGUAGCUGGAAUAACUGGACAGAUUUCUGCAACACCCCUCCUGCCUCAUCUUUAUCGGUUGUAUGUUAUGAAGAGAGCAUAACCCAAUUGCAUAUAGUUGGAAGCAAAGGAUCUCCUCCUGUUAAACUUAAGAGAACCCAAAACUUUACUGCCUCAGAUUAUGAGUUAUUGCCCACUUUUUCCAUUGAUUCCUUCUUAACCACUCUCACUGGUCUUCCAAAUCUAAAGGUCCUUUCUUUGGUUUCUCUUGGUUUAUGGGGUCAAUUACCACCUAAAAUUGCGCGUUUAUAUUCAUUGGAAAUACUCAAUGUGAGCUCAAAUUUCUUUUAUGGACGAAUUCCCCAAGAGAUUUCACUUUUGAGGAACCUUCAAACACUUAUAUUGGAUGAUAAUUUGUUUACUGGUUCUGUUCCUGACUGGUUCAGUGCACUUCCAGUUUUGACUGUGUUGAGUUUGCGAAAUAAUUCAUUUAGCGGGUCUCUCCCAUCUUCAUUAAAGACAAUGGAAUCUCUGAGAGUGUUGGUCCUCUCUACUAAUCAAUUAUAUGGGGAAGUUCCUGAUAUUAGUAGUUUGACAAACCUUCAGAUAUUGGAUUUGGAGAACAAUAACCUAGGACCCCAGUUUCCCAUCUUAGGGAAUAAGAUUGUCAAACUUGUGUUGAGGAAGAACAGGUUCAGCUCCAACAUUCCUUCUGAAAUUGCGUCUUGUUUCCAGCUGAAAAAGUUGGACUUGUCUUUCAAUAGGUUUCUCGGGCCACUCUCGCUAUCUUUGUUCUCUCUUCCUGCCAUUGAGUACUUGGAUUUGGGUGGAAAUAAAUUGACUGGGAUGCUUUCUGAGAAUAUAUCGUGUAAUAAUGGGCUACAGUUUGUUGACAUUUCUUCAAAUCUUUUAACUGGGACUUUGCCUCAUUGUCUUGAACCGAAUUCUAGGGGAAAGGUUGUCCGCUAUGCAGGGAAUUGCUUGGUGAAUGACACCCAAUAUCAGCAUCCAUACUUGUUCUGCAAGAAUGAAGCCUUAGCAGUGGGAGUCCUACCUCGAAAUGGUAAAAAGAAAGAAUCUGAGAAAGUGAUUUUUCUUAUCGGUAUUUUAGGAGUGACUGGCGGAAUGGUGGUAUUGGGUCUCUUUAUUUGGGUAUUUAUUAGAAGAUCAAGGUCUAGAAAACCAAUAAAAAGAUCGUCUCGGAGAUUGGUUAUAGGGAAUGCUUUGGCUCGAUUGCCCUCAAAGGUGCUCGCAGAUGCCAGGUAUAUAUCUCAGACUAUGAGUUUGAGUGCCCUUGGCCUUCCACCAUAUCGCAACUUUUCUCUAGAGGAGCUUGAAGAGGCCACAGACAAUUUUCACACAUCAACGUUCAUGGGUGAAGGAUCACAUGACCAAAUGUACAAGGGCAUCCUAAGUGAUGGUUCCGUGGUUGCAAUUCGAUGCUUGAAGUUGAAACAGAAGUACAGCCCUCAGACUUUUUUACCCCAUAUUGAACUGAUUUCAAAAAUUCGGCAUCGCCAUUUAGUCAGUGUUCUUGGGCACUGUAUUGAGUGUUAUUUGGAUGAUUCAACUGUGAGCCGACUCUUACUCAUCUUUGAAUAUGUGCCUUAUGGGACUCUUAGAGCCAAUGUUUGUGAGAGGAUGGGUGGGGAACCACUUUCCUGGACACAAAGGCUAGCAGCUGCUAUUGGCGUAGCAAGGGGCAUUGAGUUUCUACACACAGGUGUUGUUCCAGGUUUAUUUGACAAUGAUCUGAAAAUAACAAAUAUAUUGCUGGAUCAAAACCAUGUUGCAAAAAUUAGCAGCUACAAUCUGCCUGUUCUAGCAAAUAAUAUGAAAAGCGAGUUGGGAGCUCAAGGACCAGGCAGUGGACGAAAAGAAUUUGAUAUCAGUAAAAGGGAAAAACGGAGAGAUGCGGCUGAUGUUUAUAACUUCGGGAUCAUCUUGUUGGAGGUGAUCAUGGGAAGAGCUAUCGAAGCACAGAGUGAAGUGGACACUUUGAGAGAUCAGCUACAACAAUGCGUGAUUGAGAAUCAAGAGUGUCGCAGAAGUGUGGCUGAUCCAUGGAUUACUGACGAGUGUGUGGACGAGUCGUUGAGAACAGCAAUGGCAAUCGCUGUUAGAUGCCUAUGUAAAGAGCAUGAAGAUCGACCUUCCAUCGAAGAUGUAUUGUGGAAUUUGCAGUUUGCUGCACAAGUGCAGGAUGCAUCAUCGCAAGGCAGUGAUGGAUCUCCAAAUAACACUUCUGAUUGAUAAGAAAUCCACUUGGAAGGUUUCAGACUUCUCAUUAGUGGAAUUCCAUGCAUUAUUUUUUCCAGAAGUGGAUAUCGAUGCAAAGACUCAAGGAGCCUCUGAGACUUCUAUGGCUCAAUGAUGAGAAAAAGUACGGUUUAAAUUUCUCCAGAAAUGAAAACAGAAACUUGCCUCAUGAUCAAAUAGAUAAGAAAUCUCAAAGCACUUCAGAGUGAAAUUGGCAGUCUUGUCCUCUGUUGAGAUGUACCCGUGGCUGAAUUAGCAGUGCUUAAUCUAAAGCUUAGAUGGGACAUGAAGUUGGUUUUGCCUACCGAUAGCGAGUGAGUGGGCUGAAUUCUUUCGUGUUAAAUGAUUCGUUUUUCAGACUUUGCCAUACGUACUUAUUUCUGCCAUUUUUGAGACUGAGUUUUUUAGUUGGUUAAAUGAAGCUUUUGCCAUUAUUGAGAGCAA